GAGAUGGCAGUAAUGGAAAUAGCUUGCCAGGACCAUACAGAGCCAGCUACUGGAUCUCCAAAGGAUCUCCUAAUGGGCAAAGGGCCAGAAGAAGUAGUGAGUGAAAAGAAAAGCAAUGUUUGCAAAAUAGAAGAGCCAGAUAAAAAGAUGUUUCAUGGAUCAUGGAAGAUCCUUAAUGAUGUGAUUGCUAAAGGAACUGCCAAAGAAGACAGCGGAGAAGGGAGUUUAGCCUCAAUCUCCAUCAUUGCCCAGGCAGAAUGUGAGAUAAGCCAGGAGUUCAGUCCCACCUAUUCAGAGAGGCCUUUUAUUGCUCACACAAAACGAUAUAGCCGGUCUAGCAGCCUUGAUCAAAUCCCCAAUAAUGUGGCUCAUGCAACUGAAGGAAAAAUGGCUCCAGGUUCCUGGAAGGCCUUACAUCGCGGCAAAUCCCGGAAGAAACAGCAAAAGAGAAAAUCCUCCCUUAAAACAUCAAAAAGAACAGCCUCCCUAAUUCGAAAGCCAAGGACUCCGGAGCAGGAGAGCUGUGUACCUAUACCUGUGCAGGAAGAUGACUCUCAUUUGGACACCCUCUUCAAUAUCACUUCAUGGCAUUCAGAACUAUGUAAGGAUUUCAGUUCUGAUUUCAGUUCCUUUGAGAAACCAAGCCAAGUUUUAUCUACUAGCAAGUUGCACAUGAUAAAGAACCAAGCAAAGCUAGAGUUACACAAGUUGAUCAGCCCUGCUCAGUGCUUGAGUCAUGUUUGGAAAUCCUAUACACAAGAUAAUUUGGGCUCUCAAUUGGAAACUGUGCAUCCCUGUCCUUCAAACAAAUUUCCUCCUUAUUUGUAUGGCUGUAGCUAUUUGCUUCCUGCUUUGAAACAUGGCCCUCUGAAGACUUACCUUUUUGAUGAUCUUUCAAAUGUGGAUGAUGAAUGUUAUCUUUCAGACUUGAAUCUGGCACAUAGCCUUUCCAAAUGUCAUCAGUCUGCAAAAAACACUUCAGAUAAUCUUUCUAUGGAUGAAUUUCUAGUAGAUGCAUUGAAGGGUAAUGUUAUUCUUGGAGAACCAAGAAACCUAGCUUGUUUGGCCAAGACUUGGAAAGAUGGAUCAAGUUCAAAAGUGUGCCUACAGGAAAUUAAUGAAAAUGAAGGAGUGUUGCUUACAGAGAAACUCAAGGCAGUCGAUUAUGAGUACCGUGAAGAGGUUCACUGGACCAAAUCUCAAAGUUUGCUUGGCACAGGCACUUUUGGAGAAGUGUACAAAAUGGAGGACAAGCAGACUGGCUUUCAGUGCGCAGCCAAAAAGGUACAAGUUGAACACUUUCGUGCAGAAGAGUUGUCAACAUGUGCUGAAGUGACACAUGCCAAAGUCCUCCCACUAUAUGGAGCAGUGAAAGAAGGCCAGUGGGUUACUAUCUUCAUGAAACUGAUGGAAGGUGGGUCAUUGGGCCAGCUAGUUAAGCAGUGUGGAUACUUACCUGAGGACAGAGCUCUUGAUUAUCUCAGCCAAAUACUGGAGGCCUUGGAAUACCUUCAUGCCCACAAUGUUCUCCAUGGAGAUGUAAAAGCUGACAAUGUCCUUUUAUCUGGUGACAGAAGCCAUGCUGUUCUCUGUGAUUUUGGUCAUGCAGCUCAACUUCAUCCAGAUGGCAUAAGGAAAUAUUUAAUGACAGGGGAUUAUGUCCCAGGCACUGAGACCCACUUGGCUCCUGAAAUCGUAAUGGGGAAGCACUGUGAUUUCAAGAUAGAUAUCUGGAGCAGUUGCUGCAUGUUGCUGCACCUACUGAAUGGGUAUCAUCCUUGGAUCAAGUAUUAUAAUCAUCCUCUGUGCCUCAAAAUAGCCAAAGAACCACCCCCUUUAAGAGAAAUCCCCCCCUCCUGUCACCCAUACACUGUUCAGGUCAUUACCUCUGGCCUUGAGAAAGACCCUAUAAAACGGGCUUCUGCAGCACAGCUAAGGGAGAAAACCUGCACAGCACUUAAGCAAGUGGGAGGAGUGAAGAGUUCCUGGAACAGUGAAUACAGAGAACCCAGAUGCCUGCAGUCGACACAGAAAGCUAUUCUCCCAGAGCUACUGUUAUCCAUACCUGAACUCCCGGAUAGCCAAAAAGUGUUGUCUAGAAGCCCUAGACCUUUGCUGCCAUGUCAGGAUUUGACUGAGAGAAAGCAGUUAAUUCACCCAGACGUGUGCAAGGAAUUAUUGCCACCAGGUGACUCCUUUCUACCCUCCUUCCUGGCUCCAAUCAGUACUAGGAAAUACAACAUGACAGAAUGGGGGACCCCCAGCAUUGACCACGACCUUCAGCAGCUGGAGUUUGAUCUGAUUUUGAGCAGCCUCUCUCAACCCUUUUCACUGGAAGAACAGGAACAAAUGUUGUCGUGCUUCAGCUUGGAUAGCUUUCUCCCAUCAGAUGCUAGUGAAAAGGGCUCAUUGAAAAUGUCCCACAGUCUGAAGGAUACCAUGAGUUCAGGUGUACAUUCCUGGAACAGCCAAGCAGAUGGGCAGAGCACCAGUUGGAACAGCUGGCUGAAUCGUAGCAGAAAUACAGAUAUGCCCACUUAUGUUAAUGGGGUGAAAAUUGAGAUCUGCUUGCUUAGUGGGGAAAGCCUCCACAUCAGAGAAUUCCGUGGAACUAAGGUGGGAGAUGUUGCCACUGGAAUUAGCAGCCAGAUACCAGCCUCUGCAUUCAGCUUCUUCACAAAAGAAGGUGAUCCUGUCCAUUGUGAUAUGGAGGUCCCUGAUUCAGGCAUUGAACUUCAGUGCACUUUGGCUCCUGAUUGCAGUUCUGGCUGGAAGUGGAGGGUCAAACAUGGUCAGUUAGAGAAGCAGCUGUAA